UCAGAGUGCUCCAUUUUAUUUUCAGUGCUGACCUUCCUUCUCCCUUAAGUUAUUAUAAACUUUUUUUGCUGCUGUGUAUACACGUGAAGAUGUCUCGAAGUCCCGAUGCAAAGGAAGACCCUGUGGAAUGCCCCCUUUGCAUGGAGCCCUUAGAGAUCGAUGAUAUCAACUUUUUCCCUUGCACUUGUGGCUACCAAAUUUGCCGCUUCUGUUGGCAUCGUAUUCGCACUGAUGAGAAUGGACUUUGUCCUGCUUGCAGAAAGCCAUAUCCAGAGGACCCAGCAGUAUAUAAACCACUCUCCCAAGAAGAACUGCAAAGGAUAAAGAACGAGAAAAAACAGAAGCAGAAUGAAAGGAAACAGAAGAUAUCAGAGAAUCGCAAACACUUGGCCAGUGUACGAGUUGUACAAAAGAAUCUCGUUUUUGUGGUAGGACUCUCCCAGCGUCUCGCAGACCCAGAGGUUUUAAAGCGGCCAGAAUAUUUUGGGAAGUUUGGUAAAAUACAUAAAGUUGUCAUCAAUAAUAGCACAUCAUAUGCAGGCUCACAGGGUCCAAGCGCCAGUGCUUAUGUUACCUACAUCCGGUCAGAAGAUGCUCUCAGAGCCAUACAGUGUGUCAACAACGUAGUAGUAGAUGGCAGAACACUCAAGGCUUCUCUAGGUACAACAAAAUACUGCAGUUACUUCCUAAAGAAUAUGCAGUGUCCAAAACCUGACUGCAUGUAUCUACAUGAAUUGGGGGAUGAAGCAGCUAGCUUCACAAAAGAGGAAAUGCAGGCGGGUAAACACCAAGAAUAUGAACAGAAGCUACUUCAAGAAUUAUAUAAAUUAAACCCCAAUUUUCUUCAGCUAUCUACGGGUUCCGUUGACAAGAAUAAGAACAAAGUGACACCACUGCAGAGCCCUAUUGACAAACCUUCAGAUUCCCUCAGUAUAGGGAAUGGUGACAAUUCCCAACAGAUAUCCAACAGUGAUACGCCAUCACCACCUCCUGGUUUAUCAAAGCCUAAUCCAGUCAUCCCCAUCAGUUCAUCUAAUCACAGUGCAAGGUCUCCUUUUGAAGGGGCAGUAACAGAGUCACAGUCACUAUUCUCGGACAACUUCCGGCACCCUAACCCUAUUCCUAGCGGGCUACCCCCUUUUCCCAGCUCCCCACAGACUUCUAAUGAUUGGCCAACAGCACCAGAACCACAGAGCCUCUUCACAUCAGAAACAAUCCCAGUGUCAUCCUCUACAGACUGGCAAGCAGCGUUUGGCUUUGGUUCCUCUAAACAGCAAGAGGAUGACUUGGGGUUUGACCCCUUUGACAUCACUCGCAAAGCCUUAGCAGACCUGAUUGAGAAGGAACUGUCGGUCCAAGAUCAACCUGCCCUUUCGCCCACAUCUCUUCAGAACCCUUCCUCACACACUACAACCGCCAAAGGGCCAGGCCCUGGAUUUUUGCAUCCUGCCGCACCCACAAAUGCCAACUCUCUCAGUAGCACCUUUUCAGUCUUGCCACAGAGGUUCCCUCAGUUUCAGCAACAUCGGGCGGUUUAUAAUUCAUUCAGUUUUCCAGGCCAGGCAGCCCGCUAUCCUUGGAUGGCCUUUCCACGAAAUAGCAUCAUGCACUUGAACCACACAGCAAACCCCACCUCAAAUAGUAAUUUCUUGGACUUGAAUCUCCCACCACAACACAGCACAGGUCUGGGAGGGAUCCCUAUAGCAGACAACAACAGUUCUGUAGAGAGUUUAAAUAUGAAGGAAUGGCAGGACGGGCUAAGGGCACUUCUACCCAACAUUAACAUCAACUUUGGUGGACUGCCCAAUGCUUCUUCCCCCUCCAACGCCAACCACAGUGCACCAACGUCCAACACUGCCACCACCGACAGCCUGAAUUGGGACAGCCCUGGCAGCUGGAUGGACCCCGCCAUCAUCACAGGUAUCCCAGCAUCAACGGGAAAUAAUUUAGACUCUCUUCAAGAUGACAAUCCUCCACACUGGCUAAAAUCCCUUCAGGCCCUCACAGAGAUGGACGGCCCCAGUGCUGCUCCUUCACAAACCCACCACAGUAACCCCUUCAACACACAGAUCCCUCUGCACAGAGCCAGCUGGAAUCCUUAUUCACCCCCUUCAAAUCCCACCAGUUUCCAUUCCCCGCCCCCAGGCUUUCAGACCGCCUUCAGACCACCCAGCAAAACCCCGACAGAUUUACUACAGAGUUCGGCACUGGACCGCCAUUAGGGAAGGAGAAAAAAACCAUUAGAAAUGCAGGAAUUGUCCCGCCCUGUCUCCUCCCUCUCAACUUACCCACAGUACCCUUCUCAUAACUUUCUUUCUGAAGAAUCCAGUUCCUGAUCAACUCUUUUUUCCCUUUCCUCCCACCCCCAGAUGCAAUGCGAUCACAGGGUCAUUACCAUCUUUUUUGUCAUAAGAGUUUUUGCUGAUCCAGUGUUUAACCAACACUGUUGAUUAUUUCCUAAAAUGCCUUUUAAAGAGAAAAGAGAGAGAGAGAGAGAUUGAGAGAUUGAUUGAGAUUAAAGGGCGGUCUCAAUACUUAGAAAAUUACUGUUUGUCUUUUGCACAAAAUAAUGACAUUUUCUGCAGAAAAUGACUAUUAAUCUAUAGGGAAGGUCAUGUAAAUGAGUAAAUGCAGAAUCAACCGCAGUUUCAAAACCAAAUUAAUUUAAAUGAGAUUGCUGAAUAUAUGGUGGGAACAGUGGUCUAAGGCAUCUGUCUUAUAUUCAGCAUAUCACUAUGCAGGGAAAAUGCUUCUUUUAUUUAAUUUUAAUUUUUUUGCAAAUUGUCAGCGGGGACUUAAUUGUGUCUUUAAGCACUAGAGUUGACAUGGAAGUUGAUGGAAAGACAAAUUGAUCUGUAGCAGUAACUGGCCUGUCACUCAAGAGUUCAUAAAGACAGGGGGACAUGAGAUUUAAACAAUUUUGGCUUUAAAGUUUAAAAAAAAGUUGUUUUUUUUUUAAGUAUUCAAUUUAAUACCUAGCAUAUAAACAAUAUAAUUAUAAGCAGCUGAAAUACAAGUAAUAUUUUUUUAGUCUUUCUGUCUCCUCUAUCAGUCUCUCUCUUUUUUUCUUUCUUUUUUUUUUAAAGUUAAAUUCACCUGACUAGGGCACUCUGGGAUAGCACUGCAUUGGGGCCAUAUGAUCACCAUCAGGAGCAAAACCUUUGACCUCCUCUGCCUGCAGCUUUUACUUAACCCUGUAGUUUCUGGACAUUUGUGCAGUAUUGAAAAGACAGGAAAAAAGGAAACAUAAACAUGGUUAUAACCUGACGCUAAAACUAAAAACAAGGAAAUGUACCUCUUUCUUCAGAAUUAAAACUAAAAUCUUAAAUAAAACACAAAACUUGA